AUGUCAUCUCCCAAAGUCGCAAUCAUCAUUUACUCCAUGUACGGUCAUAUCGUCAAGAUGGCUGAGUCUAUCAAGAGUGGUAUCGAGUCCGCUGGCGGCUCCACCGCCAUUUACCAGAUUGCUGAAACAUUGCCCGAGGAAGUCCUCGCAAAGAUGCAUGCUCCCGCAAAGCCAAGUUAUCCCAUCAUCACCCCAAGCGAACUUGCCGACUUUGACGCCUUUAUAUUCGGUAUUCCUACCCGUUAUGGCAAUUUCCCCGCUCAGUGGAAAGCUUUCUGGGACGGAACCGGUGGAUUAUGGGCCAGUGGUGCUUUGGCUGGCAAAUUCGCGGGUGUUUUCGUUUCUACAGGCACACCAGGCGGAGGACAGGAGGCUACUAUCAUCAACUCCCUCUCUACUCUUACUCACCACGGGAUUAUCUACGUGCCUAUGGGUUACAAAAACACAUUCAGACAACUCACUGACAUCAGCGAAGUUCGCGGUGGUUCUCCUUGGGGUUCUGGCACCUUCGCUGGACCCGACGGGUCACGCCAACCUUCAGCCCUUGAACUAGAACUCGCUACCCUUCAAGGCAAGGGCUUCUGGGACAUUGUUUCCAGGUACAAAUUUUAG